CUGCAUAGUGCAGACACACAGGGGACCUUGCAGCUGUUAUUUUAAUACACUUCGUGUUUAAUCUCUACAUUUUUAAAUUGUCAAUAUGGUUGAUGCAUUUUGUGCAACUUGGAAACUGGUUGACAGCCAGAAUUUUGAUGAAUACAUGAAAGCCCUGGGUGUUGGCUUUGCCACUAGACAAGUAGGCAAUGUUACCAAACCCACAGUUGUCAUCAGCCACGAGGGGGAUAAAGUUGUUGUUAAGACACUGAGUACCUUCAAAAACACUGAGAUUUCUUUCAAACUAGGAGAAGAGUUUGACGAAACCACAGCAGAUGACCGACACGUGAAGUCCACUGUAACUUUGGAAGGAGACAAGCUCGUCCACAUUCAGACAUGGGACGACAAGGAGACAAAGUUUGUUAGAGAAAUCAAGGAUGGCAAACUGAGUAUGACCUUGAAUUUUGAGGGUGUCCAGGCCGUCCGCACGUAUGAGAAGGCAUAAUGUCACACUGUUGGAUGUUUCAGGGUAACCCUGACAACUUAACGAAUUUAAAAGGGCAUUUUUACAUUGUAUUUUCAACUUUCAAGUUUUCCCCUUUUUAAAAAAUGUCUGACAUUUUUUUAAGACCUUUUAUAUGAAAUGCGUGUUUUGAAAAUUGCAGAAUGCCAUUAAUGUCGAUGAAAUGUAUAAUUGAAGCUUGCCUUCGUGUCAAACCGAAUGAAAUACAUACUUGGUGAAAUAUUA